UAUCUUUGUUAGACUGUUUUUGAUUAUUACUAGAUAUUAAAUUAAUAUAAUUUUCCAAGUCAUCGUCUAUGCGUAGUGUGUUGGAAGGAAUAGUACGAAGCAACCAAAAUCUGAAACAAAUAAAAUGGUCGAAGUAGAAUUUAUUAUACCAGAAAAAGAUGAAGUUCUAGAUUUCAAGGGACCAAAAGAUGCUCAUAGUUCAUUGGACGAAUUAGAUGUUGAUGAUCUUUACGUCCGAUACAAGAAGCUUCAAAAAACACUCGAAUUUCUUGAAGUUCAAGAAGAAUAUAUUAAGGAUGAACAGAGAAAUUUGAAGAAAGAAUAUCUACAUGCUCAAGAAGAAGUCAAGCGUAUUCAAUCUGUUCCACUUGUAAUUGGGCAAUUUCUAGAAGCAGUCGAUCAGAACACUGGUAUUGUGGGUUCUACCACUGGUUCUAAUUACUAUGUUAGAAUUCUUUCUACGAUUGAUAGGGAAUUGCUGAAGCCAUCUGCUUCAGUUGCUUUGCAUAAGCACAGUAAUGCUUUGGUCGAUGUUCUGCCACCAGAGGCUGAUAGUUCUAUUUCGAUGUUGCAACCUGAUGAGAAGCCGGAUGUGAGUUACGUUGAUAUAGGCGGAAUGGAUAUGCAGAAGCAAGAAAUUCGGGAGGCAGUCGAAUUGCCAUUAACACACUUUGAGUUGUAUAAACAAAUUGGUAUCGAUCCACCACGCGGAGUGCUUAUGUACGGACCACCCGGUUGUGGCAAAACAAUGUUGGCUAAAGCCGUUGCUCAUCACACAACAGCAGCUUUUAUACGAGUAGUAGGUUCCGAAUUUGUACAAAAAUAUCUUGGCGAAGGACCACGUAUGGUCCGUGAUGUUUUCCGUUUGGCAAAAGAGAAUGCACCUGCUAUUAUUUUCAUCGAUGAAAUCGAUGCAAUUGCAACCAAACGUUUUGAUGCCCAAACCGGUGCUGAUCGUGAAGUACAAAGAAUACUACUUGAACUUUUAAAUCAAAUGGAUGGUUUUGAUCAGACCACCAAUGUGAAGGUCAUAAUGGCAACAAAUCGUGCUGAUACUCUUGAUCCCGCCCUCUUGCGGCCUGGUCGUUUAGAUAGAAAAAUAGAGUUCCCACUUCCUGAUCGUCGGCAAAAGCGUUUGGUAUUUUCAACAAUUACUUCAAAGAUGAAUUUAAGUGAAGAUGUGGACCUGGAAGAGUUUGUUGCUCGCCCAGAUAAAAUUUCGGGCGCAGAUAUCAAUGCCAUUUGCCAAGAAGCUGGUAUGCACGCUGUGCGUGAAAAUAGAUAUAUUGUGCUGUCUAAAGAUUUUGAAAAGGGAUACAAAAAUAACAUUAAAAAGGACGAACAGGAGCACGAAUUCUAUAAAUAAAUUGAAUAAUCUAAUGUAAUUUUGGUAUUAUUUAAUUUUUAAAAUAAACAUAAAACAUACAAAAUAA